AUGAUGACACCCUUCAGCAGAAUCACUAGCAAUCCCAAUUCUACAGUAUCAGCCCCAUACUGGCAGGAUAACUCCACAGAACCUGGAUCACCACAGUCUCAUGCCUACUAUGCCCUCUGGUACUGCAUCUUGAUCUUGGCCAUCGUUUUUGGGAAUGUCCUAGUCUGCCUGGCAGUGUUGAGGGAACGUAGCCUGCAAACUACCACCAACUACCUUGUGGUGAGCCUGGCAGUAGCAGACCUGCUUGUGGCCACUUUGGUGAUGCCAUGGGUAGUAUACCUAGAGGUCAGUAUACUUUAGGCUUGCCAGUCCUAUGGCUUUUCUUUUAGUAUUUAUGCAUGAUUAAUAUACUCUCAAAUUUUGUCAUCCAUUUAGAACUAUACAAAACAGUAAACAUCCACAGCUAUGGUCUAUAUCAGGGGUCAGCAAACAUUUUAAGCAGGGGGCUGGUCCACUGUCCCUCAGACCUUGUGGGAGGCCAGACUAUUUUUGGGGACGGGUGGGAUAUGAACAAAUUCCUGUGCACCACAAAUAAAGCAGAGAUGCAUUUUAAAUAAAAGCACACAUUCCACUCAUGUAUAUAAAUACUGAUUCCCGAACCAUCCGCGGGCCGAAUUUAGAAGGCGAUUGGGCCAGCCCCGGCCCCCAAGCCUUAGUUUGCCUACCCAUGGUCUAUAUUGUUUCUUCCUCCACCCUUAAAUUGUGCGAUUAUUGUAUUAUUCUGCAGGUUAUCAUAUGGGCCCAAACUGAUCCAACAAAGAGGGCUCUGGGACCUAACUUGAUGAUACAUUGAACUGGUAAAUUACCAGAAAAGGUGGACAUUCAGUUAUGGAUAGGUCACUGUUUCAACCCAAGUACCUUACGUACCUUACAAAAACAGCAUGAGGAAUCUCUUUGUUGCACACAUGUGAUGGACUCCGAGUGUUCUCUGCUUCUUCUAGUUUUAUAACUAAAUCAUAAAAGAAAAAUGUAACCCAGGUCUAGCGGAAAAAGUGAAUAACAGAGGAGUAUCAAUUGUUAGAUUUGUGCUGCUAAGCACAAAUAUCCAUGUGCAUUUUCAUGUCUAUGCAUUGUUGGUGUAGAAACAUAUAAUUUUAACAGAGCUGAGUUUACAAACUUUUAACUGUUUAUUAAUGAACACUUUAAUUAAAUAGAUACCAAUAGUCCCAUCCUGUCCACAGAUCUGGAAUUAUAUGAUCCAAGAAGGGGACAGAAAAUACUAAUAUAGACACAAUCUGAACAGAAGCACCAUCUACACUGCAAUCUCAGUGCUCACAGAUAUUCUGUGCAACAAAAUAAUUCAGAUAUUUUGUUGUUGCGCUGCUUCUUGCUAGCUGAUUUUAAGAUGGGUUUUUAAUUAAUUUUAGAAGCUAAGGUGACAUACAUACAUAAUACACAUAUGCCACACGUACUACAGAGCUGUUGCCCUCCCACAGUGCAGACUUUUCUGCACUUGGAAAAACAGUUCCUCUUACAAAUAUAUGCCUCAACACAUCGCUUGCAUUUAUGGGACUGGGGUGACAGAAUUAUGCUUUGGAUGGCAAAGGCAAGAAUACCCAGCUGGAAUACUGAUGUUCCUUCUUGAAAGGUGUAUUUGACAUCACUUGUCCACAUGCCCUUGAUGAAAAUGUCUUCAGCUAAUUGCCAGUAGCUUUUCUCCAGACCAUGAAUUUUCCAGCCCAUUAAGUAGCACAUUCUGCCCUAGAAUCCAAGAGAAUAGCGGGGGGCCACUAGGGGGGGCCACUAGGGGGCGCAUUGGAAGAUGGCUGACAAUACCAUCUCUCCGACACACACAGGGUAAUUAAGAGGCUGUUAUGGGAGUAGGCAGCCUCCCUUGUUGCCCCAAGGAAAUGGGGAACACUGCCCUUGCCUGCUGUGCCCAUAAAUCACCCCCCUAAUUCGAAAGAAGGGGUGAGGGCCCUAGGCAGAAUGCCCCCGUGUGGACCUCGGCUCUCCUGGACGCUGUCUCUGAUCGUGCACUAGUUGCAGCAAUUUGGAAUAAUUAAUUACAAAAGAAGCAAAUGCACAUAUUUCAAGUGAAGAAGGGGAGUGAAGUCUGCUAAUUUAAGUGACCUCUGCGAAAGAAGACGAUGGGCUGGAGAAACAGGAAUAUUUUACGAUGAAGAUACACCAAAGGCGGGGUAUGUUGACAACGGGGCUGAAUGGGGGAACCUUUUUACUUUCCUUCUAUGUGAUUUACAAGAACCCCUCCUCAUUAGAACCGUCGGUUGAACUGACCCAAGCAGGAUGAUUAAGGUCUGUGUGGAGAUAAACUUUAACCAAAAGUAUGCUUUAUGGAGACCGAGAAGCAAUAAGAGCUUUUGGGAAUGGCGCAACAAUUAAUUCGGAGUCGCCAUCUUGCCAAAGGAUUUAUAGCCGGGAGGAAGAACGGAUUUGUUUUCAGACUGCAUUCCUAGUGAAUCUCCUCAGAGGUUUUGAGAAAGGAGGCAGAUUGGUGAAGAUUAAUGACGCUAAGACUGUUUUGAUGUAUGGAAGUGAUGUUAUAUGGAAAACGUCUGGAUAUGGCUACUGGAUAAAAAAAUAAUAUCCACGCAGGAUUACAAACUGUUCUAACCAGCUUGCGGAGACUAUCAGAGGUCACAAAGAGAAAGGAAAAAUAUAUGAAAAUAACAACAAGAGAUGUGGAAAAAUAAUAAGAAAGGACUGGAUAGUACUGUGAACAUCAUAAGGUUAGAUUUGUGGACAUUAAAACAGCAGUAAGAAGCAAGAAGUUGAUUGGAUCCCUUUGGAACUUGAAAUAUGGGUACCCCCAACAAAAAUUUAAAAUUCGGCUGUGUAAUUUGGAAUUUAUGUAAUUUGGUUUGAUUUGAUGUGAUUGGUCGGCUAAUAAAAAAUUAUUCUUAAAAAAAAAAUAGAAUCCAAGAGAAUAGCACCCAUGCAUUAAUGUAUGUGGCUGACAACGGAUGGAGAUGGAGAGUAUUUGUCCAGAGAACUCAGGGUCGUAAGACAAUAGUUAAAACAGUGAACCAUGCAGUUUUGCCAUGUUAUCCGCACCUGCAAUACUCACGUAAUAAAUCUGAUUUGUUUUAAGAAUACACCUAAUUAGUCCAUUUUAAGUAGGGGUGAAUAACUGUUAAGGAUCUCGAAUGACAACCAUGCUUGGCUGCACCUACAAAAAGGAAGCAUUUCAUAUAGCAAUCCGUAGAACGCUUCUGGGGGCAGUCAAGGUGUCAAAUGGUCUGCCACUUCUCCCAGAUGAGAUAAUAAUAUCGCUUUGGGAUUCAUCACUUAAAAAAUAAAAUAAAAACCUAUUAUGGCUGUAAGAAUAACCUUUCUGUAAUUUAUCUCAUGGAAUAAAUGCCACUCUUUCAAAUAUGGCAUAUAUAACAAAUCUCGCGUUUCAAAGCUAAAAGAAAGUUGAUUAAGCCAAUCUUCCUAUCAAUUAAGUGUUCAAGGGUCCCAGCUAAUUCUAUGUAUCUGGUAGUUCUACUGUGAAUGACUCGAACUUGGUUACUGGUAUACAUUUUCCUAAAUGUGGCAUAGGCUAAAAAUGAAAAGGGCUGACAUACAUUUGAAUUAAGCUAACUGUUUUUUAAAAAUAUGUUAUUUUGUUGAGCUACUAAGACCUAAUUGCAGGUCUUCCUUGCUUUCAACACUAUGGAUGCCAGGCAGAAAUCCACUUUGGAUUCUUCACCAACAUGUGCCUUUCCCACAGAUUUUAUCCUUAGUACACCUAAUGAGGUUGGUUUCUUAUGCAGCCUGAGGAAAUAUCUAUAUGACCAACAUAUCCCAGGAUAUGUUGGUCAUAUAGGGCCAACUGGGUGAAACCAUAGUACUAAAAAUCAGUGCUCAGGAAUGUCCCUGCAAACAGUUAUGUUUCUACCAACCAGCACAACACCAUUUCCAUAGGUGCCUACCAUACCUCUAGGCAAUACAUCUCUGACAUUGCAGAGCUGAAAACAAAUGGAGGCAAACAAAUUAAGUGGAUUUCCACUUACUACUGCUGCACAAUGGUUUGGAGCUUCUAUCAUCUGGCAAUAUCACUCUUCACUCAGUAACAGAUCAAGCAUUUCUCUUUUCAGUGAUGCACUGACUAAUUGCUUUCUGAAGAUAUUUAGGUAGAGUGCUCAGUCCAUUAAAAGUAUCUGUUUUAGGAAGAUAUAGCUGAAUGCCUUGGGAUACAAUCCUAAACACACUUUCAUGGAAGUAAAUUCCAUUAAAAUAAUUAUAUAUAAUGAAGGCAAAAAUAGCUGAGAUAAUGAAAAAAUAAAUUAGGUCUCUAAUCUGAUUUUCAGCUGUCAGUAAUUGUAUUGGCUUCAGUGGAAUUGCUGAAACCUUCAUUGAUGUAAAUAAGAAUGGAUUUCUGCCCAUUCUUUUAAAAUCUGGUGGGUUCCUGGUUUAUACUUGCAUUCUUCAUUUGUUUAUUCAUUGCACUGUAUCACACACUUCCUUCAAGGUACUCAUAAUGGCUCUACCCUCUUCUUUUCACCACAACUCUGUGAAGUUUGUUAGACAAGAGGGACAGUGACUGGCCUAUAGCUAUUCGACAAACUUCAUGGCUGAAAGGGAUAUAAACCGGGGUCCCCCACCUUUAGUCUCACCAUAACCACUAUGUUGUUGUUGUUGUUGUUUAGUCGUUUAGUCAUGUCCGACUCUUCAUGACCCCAUGAACCAGAGCAUGCCAGGCACUCCUGUCUUCCACUGCCUCCCGCAGUUUGGUCAAACUCAUGCUGGUAGCUUCAAGAACACUGUCCAACCAUCUCGUCCUCUGUCAUCCCCUUCUCCUUUUGCCCUCCAUUUUCCCCAGCAUCAGGGUCUUUUCCAGGGAGUCUUCUCUUCUCAUGAAGUGGCCAAAGUAUUGGAGCCUCAGCUUCAGGAUCUGUCCUUCCAGUGAGCACUCAGGGCUGAUUUCCUUAAGAAUGGAUAGGUUUGAUCUUCUUGCAGUCCAUGGAACUCUCAAGAGUCUCCUCCAGCACCAUAAUUCAAAAGCAUCAAUUCUUCAGCAAUCAGCCUUCUUUAUGGUCCAGCUCUCACUUCCAUACAUCACUACUAGGAAAACCAUAGCUUUAACUAUACGGGUCUUUGUUGGCAAGAUUGCAUUCACUGUAAUCUGAACAGGCUACCCUCAGACAGAGAUGCCACUAUCUACCAGUUACCUGGAAAUGCAAGUGGGCAGAAUGCUAUCGUGCUUAGGUCCCGCUUGAAGGUCUGCUGUAGGCAUUUGCUUGGCAGGAUGGUGGGGUCAAUGGGCCUUUGAUCUGAUCUAGCAGGGUUCUUCUCGUGUUCUUAGGCCAUUCAGGGAAAACAGAUGGACACUGCCCCUCAAUGUUUCAGAUGACAGGUGACUAUUUCUCAGGAACACCUAUAUUUCUGUUCUACCUAUGUCAAUUUCUGUUACAAGCAAUAGACAGCACAAACCUAUAAAUGUUUACUCGAAGUAAGUUUCAUUGAGUUCAGUGGAGCCGAUUGGUAGGCAUCUAUCUGUCUCAGGAGACAAUGGAGGAAUGUGCCUUUUUUUCCCCUUUUCUUUUUUCUUUUUUUUUUUUGAGUGGGGGAAUCAAACUGUUAGAGAGUUACAGUGCUUGCUGUGGCUGUAGAGACCAAUAUGGGAGAGACAUCCUUUCUUGCAGCUGGGACAGAUGAAGGCGCCCAGUUGCACCAUGGUGUUUCUUUUCUCCACGGUCGUCCCAGUGGUCAUUCCUCCUCUGGUCACUAUUGCGGACACUACUGUGGAUACUCAGUGGAGCUUACUCCCAGGUUAAUGGGUAUAAGAUUGCAGCCUAAAUAGAUUUAUGCAUUAGCUGUGCGUUUUGAAGGUGUGUAUCUUUUUGUGGCAACAAAAUUAGAUUAUUUACAAAAAUUAAAAUUAGAUUAUUUAUAUUUAAGCUUUUCGGUUAAUCCCACCUUGCACACAAAUUGGCUGAAUUUAAAAUACAGCUCUUGCAUGACAGAUUCUAAUGUAGUGCUUUUGAAUAAGUGUUCCAAAAGACCAACUUAUGCAGUAGAUUCAAAAUGUUUUAUUAGAAAUUGGUUUUUUUUUAAAGUUUGGUUUUAAUUGCUUUUGAUGGCAUUUUUUCUUCAUUUUAACAUGUUUCAUUUAUUAUUCGACUGAAUGUUAUACAUUUCGUAUCCUAGAAGUAGAGGUGUGCACACAAGAGACUAAAUUGUAGUAUUUGCCUAUCCAAUGCUGUUUGGAUGCAAAAAAAAAAAAAGAAAAGAAAAAGAGUCUGGACUUUUGUUGUAUAUAUAUCAAAACAGGAAAUUUCAGACCUUUUAUGUGCAUCUGCAACAAAUCUCUCUCUGCCUAAUAACAGCCUUGUGCCUCUCUGUUGGAAAGUGUGCAUGAAACAGAACAAUAAUGAAUAAUGAUGAGUAAAUCAAACCUAGGGCUAUAGAAUUAUGAAGGGCAGCUGAACAGAUGCUGCCUGUUUCAGCCACUCAUUAGCAUUUAGUGUUUUUAUUACUAUUGAAAAAUCAGUAACAGGCAAAGUGAUCUCUCAUUUUGGCACUUCCACAGACCUUAAAGCAAGCACAACUCCCAUGGUUUUUACUAGCAUUUUGUAGUUUAAAUUGCCUUUAAUUAGGUCUUUUCUCAGCUAAGGAACACUCUUUCGGUCUGAGUGCUACAUGCUGAAUGGCUUCUCAUGCACAAUACUGAGGUAAAUAUCACCGUGAUCUAGAGAAGCCUUUUCAGUGGUAUCCUCUCUCACAGCUUCCAACUUCACAAGGCAGAUAGCGUAUUUAAGAGGCAAGAGAAGGCCAGCACCCUGCCAGCCUUAUUCAAAAGAUUUAUAUCCUGCCUUUCAGGACAGGUGUCCUCCCAUAAAUAUAGCCUUAUUUCACAUAAAAUCAUUUAUGUGAGUCUACCAUUGCACCCCUUUAAAAUGAGCAGCAAAAAUGUCAGUAAGACACAGCAAUUAAUGAAAAAAGUGGAUUGAAAUAAAAGCAUCUGAGAAAGGGACCAUCCAUAUUUCAUGGUGGGUUAAUGGAAAAUUAAGAGUGGUCUUACUUUGUGAAGUUUCUCUGCUGUGAGACACCCCCUAGCAAAAGGUAUGGAAGGAAGGAAGGAAAUCAGCAACCCAAGAAAAUCACAAGUUUAUGAAGCUAGCAAUACCAAAUAACUACUUGGGGCGCAAAGAGAGUGGGAAGAAUUUACAGAGCCUACCUUGAUAGAGUGCAUAGUCAUAUACAUAGCAUAAGAAGAACGCAAGGAAGUGAUCUCUAAGUAGACUAUGGUGUAAAAUAAUUAUUUGACUUGAGGCCUACCAGAAUCUAUCAUGGCUGCUUGACUAGGCCUGGCUUGUUGAAGGGGAGUUUGAAUGCUAAAUAAAACCUGUUGGAACGUAUGCAGAAACACAUGAAGUCAAUUUCUAAAUAUUAUGCAGUACAUGGCCAGCAAGAACAAGCAGAGGUAUUUUCCCUUGCUCCCUCAUACAGCCCACAACAGACCAGAGAACAACUGUGGUUUAGCGGUUUCAUACAGCAUUGAUAAUUUCAUAUAUUUAAUAUGGGUUUGCUUGCUUUUUUGAGGUAUGUUUACCCUGUCAUGCCGCAGGGCAGCUAACAAUAAAACAAAUUAAAAUGCAAUAAAAAAUAAAAAAAUACUAAGAAACUGUGGCAGUGGCCCAAAGGGCCACAAUAAAUGUGAUAAUGUAUACCCCUGUAAAUCCUUGAGUGUGCUUCUAAUAGAGAAGUUAUGGUAGCCUGUUACUUUAUGAAAGUGAUGAUUUUGCAAGUUGCCCCCCCCCCAAAAAAAAUUGGGGCAGAAAUACAGCUAAUAUGUGAAUCACAAAGAUACAGCUCAAAGCUAGAACAUAAGUUGCUACAUGGCGCAAAUGGCUACACAAAACACAAGUUCCCAACAUGCACACUAACAAAAUGUAACAGAACACAGUGGGAAUCAGAACUUAAUCAGCAGACAUCUGAAGGCAGCCCUGUUUAGGGAAGUUUUUAAUGUGUGACAUUUUAAUGUAUUUUUUAUCUUUGUUGGAAGCCGCCCAGAGUGGCAGGGGAAACCCAGCCAGAUGGGUGGGGUACAAAUAAUAAAUUAUUAUUAUUAAUUAUUAUUAAAUUGCCAGUGCUUGUUGUGCAUGUGUUUUAAACAUGAAAUGAUGUAAUGAUUUAUAUGACUGGUGAAAAUUGAAAUGCUUUGUUUGAAAUUUUAUAAACACCGCUGCCUGAACCACCGGGCAGGGUUGCAGUUUUGCGGAACGAUCUGACUAUAACCUAUUGCUUUGUAAUAAACACCGUUGGACUCCUAACUCCUCACGUUUCUGAGUUUUAUUGGCGUAAACUCAGAGAUAAGCCAUUUUCUGGCUUACAACAAAACAAUAAAACAGCAGAUGAGAAACCACAAUAAAAACGAAAAGACAAUAAACUCAAUUAAAAAUAAUAGCAGAUCAGGCAAUUAAAAGGAGACAGAUAUCAUAAAAAGCCAUUAAGCCUAAGAGAACAGCAUGGCCUUUAUCCAUUGUCUAAAAGUUGGUGAAGAAGGCACCAGACUUUUUAUUCUAUUUUUUUAAUAAAACCUAUUGAUAUCCCACUUUUUUCAAGAUCUCAAGGUGGAUAACAAAAAUUCAGCAAAAUAGCCAAUACAAAAUGAAACAUAAAAGUACACAUGAAAACAAUUCAUAAUGCUCACUUGAGCAGCCAUACUUUUAACGAAAGGUUACCAACAUAGGAGCCAGCCAAAUAUCACGGAGCAGGGAAUUUAAAAGCCAGGAUGCAACCACAGACAAGAAGGCCUGGCCUCACAUUUCCAUGGGGGAUCAAGUUCCAAUGGUGGGAUAUUGAGGAAAGCCUCCAUGGCUAAUUAAUUCUCAGGCAGCCUGUGCAAAAAAAAUUUUUAAAAAAUACUGGCCUAAUAAGUUCUCUGGUUCCAAAUAUAUCCAGGGACUGAGUGCCACUGUUUGGGUGCCACUGCUGAAGAGGCCUUCUUUUCAGUAUCCUUUCAGAGCCCAGGAGCUGGGGGGAAACAACAACAAAAGCCUCCAGAACAGAUCUUAAUUGAUGGGCAGGUUCAUGAGGGAAAAGAUGGUCUUUUAGAUACCCAGGUCAUGGUAAUUUAAAGACCAAUACCAAAACUUUGAAUUGUGUCCCAAAACAAACUGACAACCUGUGAAGCUUUAGGGGGUUUUUUGGAUUAGAAUUACAUGCUCUCUGUAGUUGGCCCCAUGUAAUAAUCCAACUGCUGCAUUUUGCACCACUUACAGUUUUUGAACAUUUUUGAGAUGCAGUUCCACAUGCAAUGUAUUACAGUAACGUAGACUGGGUAAAUAGACCAUGAAUAAUUGAAUGAACACAGCUGCUGAAUCAGCUAAAUUUUACCUCUCCGUGCACUGCAGCCUCAAUGAAAAUAGGUUUCCUGUCCCUACUAUUAAGUAAGGGAGGGAGCUGGGGCAGGCGGGGAAACUGGCAAAGUUCCUAAUGGCACAUUUAGUGUCAUGUCUAGUUUAGCCCUGGGUGUUGAUUUCCCCGGACCUGCAAGGAUGAACUUGAAUGAUUAUUUGCAGGGUUUGAUGCUUCAGUUCUUUUGUGAUGGAAUUAAAAAAAUAUAUAUCCUGGUGAUCCUAGUUAACAUAUCCCCACAUCCAUUCCCCCACUUUCUAGAUUUGUGUCUAGAGCAGCAUUUAAUUCUCAAAGGCAGGGCUAACUGCAAGAGGAUAUAUGGGUUGAAAUCCUAGGAGCCACACAGCUUUCCUCUAUGAACAAGUCCAUAUAAAACAAUUCUACAAUUCAAAUGGGAAGGAGCAACUGCAGUGCGUUAGUAUUCAGUGCAAUGCAAUAGUGACAUUUUGUGGUUGAUAUUUAGGUGAUGGGAGGAGUCUGGAAUUUCAGCCGUGUUUGCUGUGACAUAUUUGUUACUAUGGACGUGAUGAUGUGCACAGCCAGCAUUUUAAAUCUCUGUGCUAUCAGCAUUGACAGGUAAGAACAAAAAAGCACAACAGUAAGCUGUGGUAGAAAUGGGAGGUUCUCAGGUGGGCUAAGACAGGGAAGUGGGUUGAAUUUUAUGUUAGGGAUUUAUAUAGAAAAACAAUUGUGCCACAUAUGUGCAUGCCACGUAAUACGUCAGAUAAUUGUGCCACAUAUGAUAGUUUUUUAUGUAUGUGUCAGACAUUAGAUUCCCCAUCUGUGUCUUUUUUAGCAAAGUAAAUGUGGGGAAUAUAAAGAGUUUCCAUAAAGUUAAGCAGAUGUGAUAGCAAACUAUGGCCUGGUUCGUACAUCAUGGUAAGCCAUGGCAUAUCAGGACCAUGCAAAUGUGCUAGAUGAAUCCCAGAUUUCCCUCCUCCUUAAGCACAAUCUGUACCUAAGGUUGGUCCUAUGGUUACAUUUUACGGCUAAGGAGAAGAGACAUUAACCACAAUCCCCAAAUUGGUAAAGGUAAAGGUAAAGGUAAGGGGACCCCUGACCAUUAGGUCCAGUCGUGGCCAACUGUGGGGUUGCGGCGCUCAUCUCGCUUUAUUGGCCGAGGGAGCUGAUGUACAGCUUUCGGGUCAUGUGGCCGGCAUGACUAAGCCGCUUCUGGCGAACCAGAGCAGCGCACAGAAACGCCAUUUACCUUAUUUAUCUACUUGCACUUUGACGUGCUUUCGAACUGCUAGGUUGGCAGGAGCAGGGAAUGAGCAACAGGAGCUCACCCCGUCAUGGGGAUUCGAACUGCCGACCUUCUGAUCGGCAAGUCCUAGGCUCUGUGGUUUAACCCACAGCGCCACUCGCGUCCCUCCCCAGCUUGGACAACACCCUAAAAACCUUGACUUAUCUGUCAUGUCAUGCUGUGCUAAAAAGACGGGGCAUAUAGCAAAGUGGGUGCAAACUCAUCUCUGGGAGCUAACAAUUUCAUGCAGUCCUGUUAACACAUAGCUUGGCUUAACAUGAUGUGUGAAUGAGGCCUAUACAUAUGUUACAUGCACACACAUAUAAUAGUGCCUCAACCUUUUUUACACUCAUUUAAAUGGAGUGGGGAGGGGGACAAAAGAUUUCUGCACUGGCCAUUUUUAUUCCACCCAGUCAUGCAUCUGAAACCCAGUGACAGCACCAGAAAAAGGGAUGGGGCACAGAAGGAGCAAAGUAUAUUUCAGGGGUGGGGGGCAAUUGCAUUCCAUAUGUUAAGAUCUCUGAAAGAAAAAUAACAGUAUAUGCUAAUGACAGGAGUUCAGCAGUGUGAGGAGUGAGCUUCUUUGAUGGGGGUGAACUUGCCCCCCCCCCCCUCUGGUGCUGCCCAUGCUGAAACCAUACAAAGGAGGAAAACAGAUUGUGAUUUUGAGCAGGCAAAUGGGAAAAGAUUAAUAAUCCCUUUUCUAGACAUUGUACCUUCACUCAAAAUCACGUCCUCCAGCUGCUGCUUUUAAUUAACAAAAAAGUCAGGGUUUCAUUACACAUGGCCACAUCCUCUGACAUGCGCGCGCACACACACACACACGUGUGUGCAGAAAGCAUUGCUUGUAGAAAUCUCUUGUCAUGAUUGGCUAUGUCUUUGAUUCGCUGCCUCUUCUUACCAUUAACAGAUACUGACUUACCCGAUUCUUUUUUCCAAUCUCUUUUCCACGCUGCUUGCCUUUUUUCAUCUCUGGCUAUUACUACUGAAUUGUUUUUCACUUUUCUCAUCUUCCAUUUUGCAUCAUUGUAUUUAUUCUGUUUUCCCAUCUCUUUUACUUUCUUCCACUUUGAAUUCAACUUUGUCUUAUCUUCCUCUGUUUCUGAAUUCCAUUCCCUUCCCUUCCCCUUACAUUUCUUGUACAACAACUCCUCCGUCUUCAUCACCCUUGCUUUGGAGUUGGUUCACUUUGCAGAUACACUGCAGUGGUUAUGCCUGUUCAUUAUCAGUACAGCACAGGGCCCAGCUCUUGCCGAAGGGUGUCCAUUAUGAUAGCAGUGGUCUGGUUGUUGGCAUUUGCAGUUUCCUGCCCUCUUCUCUUUGGCUUCAACACCACAGGUAAAUACAGUAACAAUACCUUGAAGCACAGGCUUUGUACACAAACAUGGGGCCUCCUACGGCUUAUGGCUUUAAGAACUCAGCUUCCCCUUUUUCCAAGAACAUGCUGGAAAAGCCAUCCUACUUCUGUCAACUGUGGAAGAUAUUAAAAUGGCUACUGGAAAAAUGUUCAGCCUCCAAACUACAUUUUUUAGAUCUUACUGGUUUGUAGAAACAAAAACAUAUUGUAUUUGUUCUAAGAACCAUACCUUUAUUAUUCACACACAAAAAUAUGUAGCAUGAAAGUUACUCUACCUCCUCUUUUCUAUGUGUCUUUUCGCUCAGGUGAUCCAAAUAUUUGUUCCAUAUCCAAUCCCAACUUUGUUAUCUACUCCUCUGUGGUGUCAUUUUAUCUUCCGUUUUUGGUGACCCUGCUGCUCUACAUCCGGAUUUAUAUGGUGCUGAGGCAGAGACAAAGGAAGCGAAUCCUCUCCAGACAAAGCAGCCACAGCGGUAAAACCUGCUACAAACAACAGGUAUGACCCAACAUACAAACAAAAAGGCUUUAUUUAGAAAGGGCCUUAACUGUCAUAUUCUAUAUAGUAUGCCUGUAGGGUUCUACUGGAGCCCAUAAGGGGUGAAAUAGAAACAGCCCUAUCAACUUGCAACAGGCCUAUGUAGGCCUCAUUUCUACACCUCCUGUGCCUCUUCCUCAUAUGGAGUCUGCUCAGCUCCCAUAAACUACUGCAGCUGUUGUUUCCUUGCAGCUGUUGUUAAGACAACAGUUCCCACCUGGAGGUAGCACAUGGGCUGCUUUUGGCCUUCUGCAAUGCAUUCUCUCUGCCUAAUCUCAUGUCCUACUUGUGAGCUUUCCAUACGCCUCUGGCAGGAUACUAGUAAACCUUUAGUCACACCCAGAAUCACUCUUUUCAUGUUCUAAGAAUGGGAAGGGUUUCUUAGUUUCUUCCUCUCUGGCUUUUUGGUUUAGUCAGACUCACCCCUCAGUUGGAACAGAUGCUUUUCCCCACCCCACCCUGCUCAGUGGGCAAUAAGACACGGGCAUAUCUGCUCAGAAGAAUUUUGCAGGGUUUUGAAUAUGCAAAGCUGAUUUGAGCAUAGCAUUAGCAGAGGGGCAACUGAAACUGUUUACCAAUCAUGAGCCAUGAUGGAUCUGUUAGUCUUCAUAUCAGCUAUUUCCAGCUCUACUGGAAUGAUUCACUUAUGUGGUAACAAGCACUAGUGAAAUAAAUUACUUGCCUUUGAACUGCUAAUUUUAUUACUUACUUUUGGGAACAAGUAUUUUAUUUACUAGUUUCAGGUUCAUAGACCUAAAUGGGUAUCAUAAGGUAUCAAAUAAGGUAUCAAAUAUCUCUGUUGAGAACACAGAAUGUCAUCAGGACUGCUGCAGCAAUUGCAGCCUCAGGCAAUAAAAGCUACAGGAGAUGAUGGAUCCACUUUAGUGGUUAGUUUUUGUUAUGAAUAAAGUUUCUAACUGCUAAUUUCAGUGGAAACACACAUUAUUUAAAGCACGGGUAUUUAAAAUAUCAGAUAUACUGCCCCUACCCUGAAGAAGAAAUUACAUAUACAAUUUGCAACACUCUAUGGGUUAAGUUAAAUAUUAGUUUUAUACUAACUAGCAUCCAAAUAGUGUGAUAAUAGAGGGUUUAGAGUGUCGAACUAGAACUGAGGAAAUUCAGAUUUAAAAUCCCACUCAGCUAUGAAGCUCACUGGACAAACUUGGGCCAGUCACAAUUUCUUGUAUGUAACCUCACCAGGUUGUUAUGAGGAUAAAAUUGGGAAGGGGUCUGCUGCUUUGAGCUCUUUUGAGGAAAAAGCAAGACAUAAAUAAGGUUUUGUUUGUUAUGCUAUCUAUUUUUGUGUCUUUAUAUUGUAAACUGCCCUGUGAUCUUCGGAUUAUGCUUUGGUGUCAGAGAGAGAGAGAGAGAUUUAUAACAGGUCAGUGGAACCCUACAAGUUUUGCAUACCAAAGGUCCCAGGAUCAGUCCCAGAUAAGGCUGUGGAAAAUUUCUGCCUGAAAGCCUAGAGAGAUGUUUCUAGUCAGUGUCAACAAUAUUAUGCUAAAAUGACCAGUGUUCUGGCUUGGUCUAAGGCAGCUUCCCAUCUUUCUAAGUGGAACCUGAUUCUUGUUGGCCUCUUGUUUUUCAGCAACAUACAGAAAGGAAAGCUUUGCACCAGAAGCUUCCCAGUGCACUCUUGUGUUGUUUGCAGCUAAAGAGUUCAGGUCAAAGGCUGCCUGCUGAGAAGAAGCCCCUGACACCCACAGAACUGCAGCAAUAUUGCAGUUUCUGCCACGAAGUUUCCAUCUCCAGUACAGGGGAUAGAGAGGUUGUUGAUCUAAAGGUGAGGACAAAAGUCAAGGAACAAAGUUUAGAAGUACGCAAACUCAACAAUGGCAAAACAGCAACCUCUUUGAAGCUACCAUCUCAGCAGCAUCGGACAAUACAGCUCAGAGAAAGGAAAGCCACACAAAUGCUAGCUAUUGUUCUUGGUAAGUAUUUUUGCUCCUUUUUAAGAACUGGCUGUGCAAGAAUGAGGACCCAACUGAAUAUUACAUGGCAGACAUAUAUAACAGGUUUGAGGUUUUGUUUUUUGUUUUAACAAAAGCAGCUGCAGCAGGCUACAAAUUUGGUUGGAGGAACCACAGAGAGGAAGAGUGCUUUUAAAAAAUUACACUUAAAAAGCUUGUUGUCUGCAGUUUCAAUGUAAAUCUACAUUUUGCUUUAAAAUAUUUCCCUUCUACUUUCUUUCCUCCUUUAUCAUUAUUUCCAUGUGGCUAAAUAGCCAAGAGGCUCUCAAAGAUGUUUCUUUAGUUAUGUGUGAGGAUGCCCUGAAAAUAAUGGAAAGAACUAUGAAUUGGCUCUCAGGUGGGCAGAUUGAGCCAAAGCCCUUCUGAGCCAAAGUGAUGGUGACAUCUCAUUUUCUUUCUCAUUCUAGGGACUUUCAUAGUCUGCUGGCUGCCAUUCUUUUUGACACACAUACUGAAUACUCAUUGCAAAGCUUGCCACAUCUCCCCAGAGUUGUACAGUGCUACCACAUGGCUUGGGUAUGUCAACAGUGCCCUCAACCCUGUCAUCUACACCACCUUCAACAAUGAGUUCCGUAAAGCUUUCCUCAAGAUCCUGAAUUGCUGA